AUGGCGCAGCCAGCGCCGUUUCGGCUUUUCCAAAUCAUGACCAGCAAACGUCUAGGCUACACGAUGCUUCCUAAAGUCGACAUCGGAGAGACCGCUCGCUCGACGUCUCCCCACGUCGAGGCCCAAGAGAGCAACUUGAACUCCCCCAAGCCGUUGUCCAACAAACAAUUCCACCGCAGAACCUACACUGGUGCCCUCAUUUUCAAUCUUGCUUCCUUCAUACUCCCUGCCCUGUACGGCACCCUGUCCAAACUAUGGGUGGCCAAUAUUGAUUCUUCCUUCGUCGUCACAACAGACGCGUACACUUACAUCGGCAGAGGCCUCCCACGAGCGGCAUGGGUCGUCAUCGGUGAUCAUGCCUCUCGCACCCUUGCACAGCGGAUCCAGCUUUCAAACACGCUUAUCCUCUUCCAGGCUGUCCUGGGUCUCAUAAUGAGCCUAGCGUUCGUGGGAGGGGCCAGGAGUUUUGCCGAUGGCUUUGUGCCUAUCGAAGUCCGCGAAGGGAGCAUCACGUACGUGCGCAUCGGAGCGUUCAGUGCAUUCAGCUCUUCAAUCGAGACGGCUGUUGCGUCGGCUACCAGGGCUCUCGACCGGCCUGACGUUCCACUUAUCAUAAACUCGGUCAAAUUUGCUGUCAACAUUAUCCUGGACCUGCUGCUCAUUUCCAAGAUCCAUGUCGGCUCCCAUGAGCCCACAGUUAACAUGCAAGCAGGAAUUCAGCUCGCUUGCAAUCUGGCAUCUGCUUUUAUCGGCCUGGCAUACUUUCUCUGGAGGAACGCGGUUCAGUACGGAAAGGAAAGAGAAAACAGCUCACAGGAGUGGACUGCAAUAAAGCCUCACGCCGGCGCGCUCCCGAUCUUGCUCCAUCCUGGCAUCUUGAACUUUAUCGAGUCGGCAAUCCGCAAUGCACUUUACCUCUGGCUGGUGAGCAACAUAGUGUCGAUGGGUUCGACAUAUGCGACGGCAUGGGGCGUUUUCAACACGAUCCGAUGGGAUCUCAUAAUGGUCCCUGUACAGGCCCUCGAGCAGACCUCGCUUGCGUUCGUCGGCCACGCAUGGGGUGCCUGGCGACGGGCGAUCGGGGUGCAAACCCGCCGUCCCAAAGCCACGAAGCAGGCCAUCGUCAAAAUCAUCUGGCCGGCUCUCGUCUCUCUCGCCAUUGCUCUCGUCAUCGAGGUCCCUGUCUGUCUGUUCCUUACAUAUUUUGGCGCUUGUCCUUUUGCCCGAUACCUUAGCGGCUCUGAUGAGGUUGCAUAA